AUGAUUCGUGUUACAGGUCGUACUUUACCUGUGCCGGUGCCGUGUAAAGUGUGUGGAGAUAAGUCCUACGGAAAACAUUAUGGAGUGUACUGUUGUGACGGCUGCAGUUGUUUCUUUAAGAGAAGCAUACGUCGUGGGAUCGUAUAUACUUGUAUUGCCGGAACAGGAAACUGCGUUAUUGACAAAGCCAGGAGAAACUGGUGCCCACACUGCAGACUGCAGAGAUGUUUUGCUGUAAAUAUGAACAAAGACGCUGUACAAGAAGAAAGAGGACCAAGGAAGACUAAGAAUCCAAGAACCAGUUCAUGCAGCAACAAGACAGGUUCCAGAUCCAAGAUCCGGAUAAGGUCACCAGCACGUCCAGAACCUCCUUUCCUUCCUUGCACGACACCUUGUGGCAAUAGCGUCAUCAAUACUCCAUAUACUUUUCCUCAACACUCAAGUCUGCCCUUACCGUUCAGUCCCUGUUUGCUGCCUUUGGCAUCUUUUUAUGAAGCUAGCAGCAGUGCUUUCAGAACAGUAGUUCCUCUCAGGGCUAUUGAUACUUCUCGCCGACACACGGCUUUGGCUACCGCUCAACCUACCCAGGAACCAACAUCAUCUCGCGAAUCAUUUUUUAGUGGAGGAGAUUUAUUUCACGAGACUGCGGCUCGUGUCCUCUUUGUCACGAUGCGACGUGCACGUGCCAACGAACUAUUUCGCCUUUUGCCGGCGCAGGAUCGUUCAGCCAUCUUAGAGGAAGUGUGGGCGGAGCUAUUUCUACUGCAAGCUGCUUAUUGGCCAGUGGAUAUUAUUGCAGUGGUUAAGCACUUGGGCCAUGAUAUCAAGGUCGACCAGCAGGUGCUGCUUCGAAGGAUCAAAGUUGCAGUGACACAGUGCCAGAAUCUGCAACUGGACCAUAUAGAGAGGGCGCUAUUAGAAACCAUUAUUCUUUGUCGAAAAGACUGUACACGUGAUUUGGUUGCAGCUCCCCAAGUAGAGAGUAUGUUAGAACAGACACAGGCAGCGCUUGGACGUUACAUGAUGCAUUCUUAUCCCCAGAACCAGGGGAAGUUCGGGAAGUCUCUGCUGGUUCUGCCCAUCCUCCGAAGUGUUCCGGCUUCUGCUGUGGAGGAAGCAUUUUUCAGAAGUACUUUGGGAAGUGUGUCUGUGGCCCAGCUCCUGAACAGCCUGUGA